CAUUUAGGUUUAGAUAAGCUACAUUAGAUAAGCCAAAGUUAAACCUCACCAAUAGACUAAUGAGAAACAAAAUGCAAUGAUAGUCAGAAUCUCAAUGAUUAAAGUGACAGGAAAUCAAACACUCAACUGAAGAAAACUUCAUCUCACACAAGUCCUGACAAACUCUCCAUCAAACAUUUUUAAAUGAUGUGUCAUGAGUCUAUGCUGUAUUAUAAUGAACAAGAUCACAAAAAUGCUAUGUAUGAAAUGUACAUAAUGACAUUAACCAAUAUAGCAAUACAUUCAUUUUAAUUCAGUGACUUCAGUCUUCUGACUGCUUUGUUUUUGUCAUAUGAUCAUAUUAAAGGUAGACUUGCUGUUGUUCUGAAUUGUACCUUUGGUCUUGUACAAAAAUAAAUCACAACUGGGUCAUGAUAGUGAAUGUGAUAUUGUUUGAUCGUUGUAGAUUAUUAACCAGCAGCACCACUGACAUGAGAGUAGUGACUGUAUCAGAAGGGAUUUCUCAGACAUAAGCGGAUUAAGUCAGAAUUACUGACAAUAUACUGCUUGAAACAGAUGGAAAUGUAGUAGAAAACCUCAUCAGUAACUGUUUUCUGUUUUCAUUGUCCAGGAACUGUUGACUGUAAAGGGAGGGAACUAAACUUCUGUCUAGAAAUGGCAGAUCAUCAAGGACAGUUUGACUCCAUUGAUUCCAGCAGCCUAAAGCAUCCUCCUUCAUUGAACAGCCAAGAUGAUCCUCAUUCAUUGAGCAGCCUAAAGCAUCCUCCUUCAGUGAACAGCCAAGAUGAUCCUCAUUCAUUGAGCAGCCUAAAGCAUCCUCCAUUGAGCAGCCAAGAUGAUCCUUCUUCAUUGAGCAGCCUAAAGCAUCCUCCUUCAUUCAGCAGCCAAGAUGAUCCUCAUUCAUUGAGUAGCCAAGAUGAUCCUUCUUCAUUGAGCAGCCUAGAUGAUCCUCCUUCAUUCAGCAGCCUAAAGCAUCCUCCUUCAUUGAGCAGCCUAGAGGAUCCUCCUUCAUUGAGCAGCCAAGGGGAUCCUCCUUCAUUCAGCAGUAAUGGAAAUCAACCUGGAGACAUUCUUCAAAGGAAACAUGAAACCUUUAAUUAACUGAAAAGAAGCAUUGAAGAACUCAAGUCAGAAUUUGACAGAAAUCAUGAAGCUCUGACAAACCAAAUAAAGGAUCUGAAUGACAUCACAGAUUACCUGGAAUCCAUGCACAAGAACACCACAGUGGGCAGUUUGGUAGGAUCAUCAAUCGGAGCAGCGGGAGGAAUCGCAGCACUCGCAGGCCUGGCUUUGGCCCCGUUCACAUUAGGUGCUUCUUUGGUUGUUACUGGUGUUGGAGCAGCUGUUGGAGCCGCUGGAGGAGUCACGGGUGGAGCGUCGAACAUCACUAACACCAUCAAGCAGAAAAAUCUGCGCGAGACGAUUGAGAAGAUCGUCAAUGAUUUCCUGAACACAAUCAAUCCAAUGUUUGAGCUUCUGAAUAAAAUUGGUGCCAUCACAGAGAAUAUCAAACUUCUGAAGGAGACAUUAAAGCAGCAUGAAUUUCAGAAAGCAGCAAAAGGUGCUGCAGAUAUUUUAAGGAUCGCAUCUGUAGCUCAAAUUGGGAAGAUGUGUGCAGAGGCUGCUAAAGAAAUCCGCAUGUAUGUACGGACUGUCAGAGCUCUCCGUGUGCCUGCACAGGCCGCACGUGCGACAGCCUCAUCUCUCCGUACGACGGCAGCGUUCACUGGCGCACUCUCGGCUCUGUUUCUCGCUCUUGAUGUUUACAGCAUCUUUCAAGAUUCGACAGAGCUCUCUGAAAUGAAUCAACCAGCAGACGAGAGGAAAGCAGAAGAAAUCAAAUCAGAAACGCUAAAAUUUAUUCUUCAGAUGAGAGAAACCGCUGCUCAGUUUCAGAAGAUUGUGGACAGAAUUAAAGAUGCCAUAGACACUUUUGAGAAUAUUUAACAAAAUGGCAAAACUUUUAAAUCAUUUGAAUAUGCAAGAUCAGCAAAUGAUGGAAGUUCAGGGUUUGGCGUUCAAAGUCACACAUUGUCUGUCACCACUGAAAAUCAAGUGUGAUCAAGUCAAAAUUACCCCAAGCUUUACUCACCCUCAAGCCAUCCUAGGUGUAUAUGACUUUCUUGUUCCUUACAAGGACAAUCAGAGAAAUAUUAAUAUAUAAAUAUAUAUUAAUAUCUAGCUUCUGCCAGA